UUAUAAUUCAACCUCAGUGGUUGCAUUCCAUAUAGUUACCAGAAAAGUUUUAUUAUUCCACAUAUUGAUAUAAAAGGGUAAUCAAAAUGAAUUUAGGUUUUUGGAAAAUCGUCCUGGCUUUGAUCAGUUUAAAAGCGUACUCCAAAGCAUUGGCACAGAAGACCGAUAUGCACAACCAUUUUAAGGAUUCACAAAAUUCAAGUAUUAUUCAUAAAGACAUAUUAGAAGUAACUUCUACUGUCGUAUGGGACGCAAUAUCAUUAUCAUCUGUUGUGGACGAAAGCUAUUCAACUGAAACUACAAUCGGUAGUAAGCAUUCAUCCCUUGCACCGCUUCAAAGUCCUAAAGAAAAACCAUCAGCCCCGUCAGAUUGUUCUCAGCGUGAAAAAUUCAGAAAACAACCUAUAGCAAAAGAAUCUUCACGUUUGCGAAAAUGCUGUCCACAUGGCGAAAAUUUAGAUAUUUAUCGCGAAAAUCAAAGUGAUUCUAUGUGUGACAACGGCAUUAUAAAUUUUAGACCAACUAUUAUAAGUGCAGUUCUGUUUGAUAACUGCAUUGAAGAUUUGGAAAUACAGACUUCUCUAGACAUUGACAUCGGCAAUCCUUGUAACAGCUCCCUUCAAUAUGACGAUCAGGAGGACGUAUUUUUUGUUUUGCAAGACGGUUCCUUGUUAAUUAUUGACAAGUUUGGCAAUGAGUCUUACACAGUUGAAGAAAACUAUUGCUUGGAUGUUGAUAAGUCAGGGCAUUUUUUUGCGUUCACGUGUGUCACACAAGUUGAAGAACAAAUUGCUUUCGCAAAAGUUGUUUUUGUUGCCGUUUUAAUGCUUAUAUCUAUGCCUUGUCUUCUACUAGUUAGCUACUUACACAUGACCCUUCGCUCACUGCGUAACUUGCACGGUCUCUCCCUAAGUUUGAUGUCAAUGUGUUUGGCUUCUGGAUACUUUGUGCACUCCGUCGUACACAUAUAUGGAAUUCCCAACCAAGGAUUUAUUGGAUACGUUAUACAGUUUUUUAUUUUAAGCUACUUUUUCUGGUACUUUUGCAUAUGCUUUAAUGUUCUUUUAAAUGUGUGGUACAAGUUGCCCUGCUGCAUUCAGCUUUCAAAGUCCUGGGUAACGUUUAAUUUUGCAUGUUACACUGGUUUAGCUUUUUCCGGACCGGCUACAAUAGUUGCGCUAACAGUUCAAAAGGGAUUACCAGGAAUGCCGUCUUACUUUCUCCAAGGUCUCACGGAAUCAAUAAGAGACUCGCAACGCUACUUUAUACCACCAGUUUCCACGGUCCUUUUUCUUAGUUUUUUGCUAAACAUCAUAUCAUUCUUUGGAUUUCAACGUAUAAAUAGAUACGAAAAAGCUGAAAAGAUGGGUCAAGUUCAUCAAAAUUUAUUGUUUGAUCAACAGAAAUACGAAGAUGUAAAAAAGGACGCCAAAUGUGUCAGCUUACUUGGAAUAAUUAUGGUCAUAAGCUGGCUACUCGAAAUAGUCACAUUUUACUCAGGAUCGAAUUCUAAUUACCUAUUACUUUGCGACAUGGCGAAUGGGCUUCAAGGCGUUUGGGUGUUGCUUAUAUUUCUUGUUGUAAGGAGACGUCGCACAAUAAUUUUACGGUGGUGGUAUGAUCGUGGUUCCCACGAAAUUGAAGGCACCGAACUCCAAGCUCUUAGUAAUAAUAACAGUCCCACAUAGAGAUUAAAUUAAUAUAUAAAAUACUUAUUACAAUUAAUAAUUUUCUUUAUUGAAAACUUUUUCACCCAACAAAAUGAUUGGGAAGAGCACAAGAAAGUUAGGAUAUAAAAAAUAAAAGUAACAUAGUUAUAAAUGAAAUAUUAUUCCCUGUA